CAGACUCAGGGUGUAAAGUCUCGUGUAUGAUGCCAAGCAUGGAUGAGCCCCUUCUUGCCAAUGGUGUUGGGAAGAACAGAGGGGUGAGAGAGCUGGUUCUGGCUGAGGUGAGAAAGCAGCUGUACCUUGCGGGGCCACUGAUCGCGGCAUGGCUACUGCAGAACCUCAUCUCCAUGAUAUCUGUCAUGUUCGUCGGCCACCUCGGUGAGCUUGCCCUCUCCAGUGCCUCCAUCGCCACCUCCUUUGCAAGCGUUACUGGCUUCAGCUUCUUGGCUGGCAUGGCGAGCAGCUUGGACACACUGUGUGGGCAAGCCUUUGGAGCAAAGCAGUACUCUCUUCUUGGAAUCUUCAAGCAGAGGGCCGUACUUGUGCUCACUCUGAUGAGCGUGGCUGUCGCGGUGAUCUGGUCGUACACAGGCCGGAUCCUUCUAUUCUUCGGCCAGGACCCAGAGAUAGCAGCCGGGGCAGAGAGUUACAUCCAGUGGAUGAUUCCGGCGCUGUUCGCAUAUGGGCCACUGCAGUGCCAUGUCCGGUUCCUGCAGACACAGAACAUUGUCCUCCCGGUGAUGGUGAGCUCAGGCGUCACGGCGCUGAACCAUCUGCUAGUGUGCUGGUUGCUAGUGUACAAGAUUGGUCUGGGCUACAAGGGUGCUGCCCUGGCCAAUGCCAUCUCGUACCUGACCAACGUCUCCAUCCUGGCGAUCUAUGUGAGGCUCUCACCUCACUGUAAGAAUACAUGGAGAGGGUUCACAAAGGAGGCCUUUCAUGACAUCCCCAACUUCUUAAGGCUUGGUGUUCCUUCUGCACUGAUGGUUUGCUUGGAGUGGUGGUCAUUUGAGCUUCUGGUUCUUCUUUCUGGACUUCUCCCGAAUCCUAAGCUCGAAACAUCAGUACUGUCCAUUUGCUUAAACUCAUGUUCUUUAGCGUUCAUGAUCCCGUUUGGGCUUAGUGCCGCCAUAAGCACCCGUGUUUCAAAUGAGCUUGGUGCUGGACGACCAGAGGAUGCCCGUCUGGCAACCCGUGUGGUCAUGGUUCUGGCUCUGUUGGUGGGCAUAUUGGUUGGACUUGUUAUGGUGCUAGCACGCAAUUUAUGGGGUUAUGCGUACAGCAGUGAGGAGGAAGUGGUGGAAUACAUCGCCAGAAUGAUGCCAAUUCUUGCUGUAGCAUUCGUAUUCGAUGACUUGCAGGGUGUCCUUUCAGGUGUUGUUAGGGGUUGUGGGUGGCAAAAGAUUGGUGCUUGUGUUAACCUUGGUGCAUACUACCUUAUCGGGGUUCCAGCCGCCUUCUGUUUUGCUUUCGUUUAUCAUUUGGGUGGAAAGGGACUUUGGUUCGGAAUGAUCUGCGCACUUGUAGUGCAGAUGCUAUUGCUUCUUUCCGUUACCUUGUGCAGCAACUGGGAGAAAGAACAUCUCCAUUUUGUUGAUUAUGUAGGCUUUGAAGGCGAAGGACAGAAUUUUCAAUUCAUCUCUACCAAUAGACAUGGCGACAUGAUACACACAGAUGACAUGCUAUCUGGAUAUGAGAUCUUGCAAUCCCUCGAAAACCAACAAGCUCAACCUUUCUUCAUGGAAGUUCUGAUUCUAAUGGCUUGGAGUUGUGGACAAUGAAGAAUGGAUUCAUAUUUGAGAAUCAAGUGGUCACUCUACAUUGGAGACAUCGGCUCUUCAUUUGUCAUGGAUGGUCAUUUAGUUUACGGAUUGGCUUUUGAGACUUUCGAUUUUAUUGUUAAACCACUCUUGUGGUACGUGUAGUGCUCGCCUACUACUGUAAUAAUGUGUGGACUGAUUCUCCCUCUAUGAGGUGGUUGAAGUCAGAUAUUCUUUCCAUUAUCUAAAAGAGA